CUUAUUCAUGUUGACUCUUGUUGUAGCAGAGGGGGAGCGGGAAUGCGCCCAUGCGCGGUGUCCGUGUGAGGGGCGAGCGGGGAGCAGCUGUGGCUCCUCCCGUCUCCUCAAGUUGAGCUCGGCACUGUUGUUCCUCUCGUCACAGUGGGGAGGACGGAGCCUCGGCGGCGCCUCUGCUAUGGAGCUCUGCGUCUGAAACUCGCCUUCCUCACGGCGGCGGGCGGACUUCGGGGAACGUCGUGGUUUGAGCUCCUCCAUCAUUCUCGUUGACGCGGACGUGGGUGUGUGAGUAGCGGAUCCGGGAAAUGUUGGCAUGGCCGCCUCGGGAGCUCCGAAGUGUCCGAAGAGUGACAAGUUGGACGAGGCGCAGGCUCUAGCCAGGAGCUGCGCGGGGAGACCGGACUUCCUGCCGUGCGACGGACUCUCCAUCUGCGCCACGCACAGCCACGGGAAGUGCUUCAAGCUGCACUGGUGCUGCCACUUGGGCUGGUGUCACUGCAAGUACGUCUACCAGCCCAUGACCAACGUGUGCCAGCUGCCCAGCACAGCCGUCCCGUCGGCCGCCACUGAGUACAGCGACACCAUUGACCUGUCUGCCUCUUUGGCCGAGCGCUUUCUGAAGCUGGCGCCAUGCUUUCAGUCCCCGCCUCACCUAGAGUCGCCCAAAUACUGCGUCAUUGCCGACUUGUUUGUGGACGACUACAUUGUCAAACGCAUCAACGGGAAGAUGUGUUACGUACAGCGCCCCCUGCCUGCACUCCCGGACCCUCCCCACCAUCCCACUCCUCCUGCUACUCCUCAAAAACCCCAGGCUCCAGCUCAGCCCAGACCACCCGUGAAGCCGACGCCGCCUGGCCCUCAGACCACGUCACCACCCCCAGUCCAGGCCGAGCUGAAGAAACCUUCCCUCGUGGACAAAGUAAAAGGCCCGAAAAUGGACCACUGCUCGUCCCCGUCUAGCUCUGAGGACUCCGGCAUCAACGCCUUGGGUCUUCACUACCUGGAGUCCUGCGAAGAGGGCAGCGAAGAGGAGGACGACGAGCUGAGCACCGACGGGAACUCCAGUCCGGGCAGCCUCUGGGAUCAGGACGACUGUUCCCUGCUUUCCCCGUCCAAGUCCAUGAUAGAGAUCAUCGAAAAGAUUGAAACAACUGUGUAACCCAGACACGUCUGCUCAAAUGACUGAGCGCAGCACCGAUGAUGGAAGGAAACUGCGGAACCAGGAAGGCCUCAGCGGGGCUGUGAUUGGUCGUCUUCAUUAUGUUUACCUGCAGGUGGGAAACGACUGCACGCCUGCACACACUCACUCACACACUCGGCCUCUUCCCACCCUGCAUGGAUCACACAACUGACUAGUCAAGAAAACAAGGAAGCACAAGACAACCAGAAGAAACUUUGACUGGAAACAGAAACACUUGCGCCUCUGCUUGACAAAUCUGUGAGGGAUGGUCGCUCCCGUCCAAAACAUGGAGUCGUUCAGUGAUGUAGUUGUGGCCAUUUAAACUUAAGAAAACCAAAAACAGCAGUUUUAAAUUGCCUCCAAAAAUAGAAAACGUAUGUGUUGUUUACAGAAUGUUGCGUGACAUUCAGAUUAAAAAUGCAUUUUAUUCUGUCAUCUUAUGUCGUUUUAUAUUAUAUUUGGGUUUUAGAAAUAGUGUCAUUCAUUUUUUUGGGACUUACAAAUCGAUUUGUAGCAACAAUGCUGAGAAGUGUCGGAAAAGCACUUACUCUUAUUAGUUUUACAUGUUUUAACAUGUAAAGCGUAAUGACUCCAAGAAGUCAAUUAACAGUUGCGAGUUUCCUUGGGCUCCAUCAUCAAAUUUCGACUGUAGCUUCAAGAAAAAUAGGGCGCAGGAUGUAAGGGAGCCGAACCGUUGCCAGGCUGCCAGACUGGCUUGCUCGCUCUCGGAAGUGAAACUGUAGAAGUUAAACAUCAUGAGCAUAGGCACUCUGUUUCCUCUAUUUCAAGCCCAAAAGUGAAUGAAGUGUCGAGUGAAUCGCUCAGGCGGAGACUCGUGUCUUUCUGGUCUGCGCCCACACACUUGAGUAAUACUUACAAAACACGCCAGAAUCAGGACACGGGCGCUUACUCUCGCGUCGGGUUUUCCCGCCUGGAGCAGCCGACACUCACACUUAUCACCUUUUCUAAGGCUGUUUUUCCCACAGUUUGUCUGCACUUUACCGACACGAGCACAGGCGACAGGUAGGCAGCAGGGUCGCUCUUUGACAAUCAUUUACCCACAAGCACAUUUCUCGACUGAAGUCGCCUCCGAGGGCAGUCGGUAUUGCUACAUCACUGGGCGUCCAGCUCAAGACGGUUACGUCCCUCAGCAGCCCAGAUGUUCAAAGAGCACGGCAGCUCAGGUGGUUCGGGAAGAUAUCCAAGUAUAUAGUGUAAAAUUGCAUUUGAGGGUCGAUGGAGAAAUGUGUUGUGGUGCCAGACUCGGCUCUGUGCUGCAGUGAUAAAUGUAUCGCGGCUUCGAGAGAUUACCUGACAGACGAUUGGUGUUGUGAUGUUGUGGAAGAUGUUCAUAAGUGGAAGAGAUACAACAUAAUAGUGGCUAUGAGAAAUUGUUUUGACCUUUUCCAGUCUACGAUAAACAACUCUCAUGACAAAACAAAAUAAACAGGAUGUGUUUUAUUAAUUCACACAACUGUUCAAGUCCCUGAUGUGGAUGUGAGGAAAUGUUUGUUGGAGGUUGAGCUGCGAGUAAACAAAUCCUGCAUCUGUUCAAAACAAAUGUUUCGUAUUCAGGGACAGCUCCCUCCCCACCCCCGCCCCCCAGACACGCCACUCAACACUGUUACUCUUAUUGUAUUACGUUCUUAUUACUGUUAUAUUAUUUUCAUAUAAAUAAAUAUUGAUAAACUGCUUCUUCUCUUGGAGUCUUUCUUGGAAGCAUCAAGACGUUGAUAUACUGAUGUCGGUGGUGAACAUAUCUGGUUGGGAAUACGGCCUGCUGCUGUUGGGAGGGGCAUUAAAGUUUUAGCCGCGCGUCUGGUCUGGGUAAAAAUAACUGUCCAGGAUGUACAACAUUUUGCAGCUGUCAAAACAGAAACCCAGAGACGUGUUCAGUGCGAUUCUCCUAAAUCAGCUAAAUGGUGCCCGACGUGCCAGACUCCGUAACCAGUUUAAGGCAGCGUGUAGCUCCAUCAUGCCAUAAUAAGGUUACCAAGCUCAUUUUUCAGAGCCAUGAUCAACCUGAAUUCUUUGUUUAAAUAAAUGUCAUUUCACAUGAGCCGUAAAGGGCAGGUUUAUCCAGUCGCUGCAGCGACCUUCUGGUGUCCGGGCUGACAAAAUAGAGACCUUGGCUCAGGUUAGAUGACAGCGUGGAAAUGCUGAAUGACAUUUGGUUGCAACCCAAAACAGGAAAGGGUUGGCAAACUGACCUUCUCGCCUUCAGUUGUUUUGUUUUGUUUUGUUUUUUUUUUCGAAACAGAGAGGUCGGCAAGUGCACAGAGCUCUUUCCCAGGAUAUUAAAAUUGAUUUUGGCACAAUGGAGUUGAACAACAAAGAGCUCAUCAACCGCAACACUGUUGGUGUUGCUAGCAGAGCGCAGAGUAAUAGUAGCAGGCAGUGGGGCUUAAUAAUUUCUGCUCAGUAUUGAUUAUUGGCUGUUGCCCUGUUUCUUAUAUUAAACGCGGACUGAUCGAUCGCUUGGAUACACCUCUCCUCCAUGACCACCAGAGGUCGCCAUGUUCUGAAUUUGACUGAUGACAGCAAAGACUGGAAAAUUCCGCUUCAAAAUACAGUGUAUGCAUUCUGUUGUCGCAGGAGUGAGCUCUCAUGUUUGAUGCUGGAAUAUGUUUCGGCAACAUUUGCCGCGGAUCACAGUCUGUUUGUCGCAUUAGCUACCAAGCUAACUGGUUCCCACAAAGCAUAACGCUGAUACCUGGGACCCGAGAGCACUGUUAUGUUUUUCUACGUGUUGAAUGUAAAGUAUUCUUAUGUUCUUUUUUAAAGUUGUGUCAACCUGUGGGAAAUUGUAGUUUCUAUAAUUUUCUUUACAGCUGUUCCAAAACAGCAUAUUGAAAACAAUGUUUUAAAUAUAUUGUGAAUAUUGUGAAUUGUUUUGCUCAUUUGCUCAGCUCUCGCAGGCAAUGAUGUCAAAAUUUUAAAAAGCUCAAAGAAACAAAGAAAUAAGUGUGAAUUAAAUAUGCACAGCAAAGAAGCUCCUGCGACGGAUACACAUAUAAUGUGAACGUAGGCAAAAGGGAUUUGUAACAGUACCAAGAUGAAAAAAAAGAAACUCCAUUGUUUUUUUUUUCAUUUUAUGUUUGUAAAGUGGCUAUUUUGAUCGUGAAAAGUAUGGAACACAAACUGAAACAUCAUGGCAACUUCAGGUAGUCCAGCUGCAAAAGGAAAUAAAGGUUAUUCUAAAACUGUUUCAGUGGGAAAACAUUACGACACUAAGUUAAAAUUCAAAACGUCACUUGCAUAAAGACACGUCUCUCUGUGGAUGUGCAGGCAAGCAUGUGACCGCAGGCACUGCUCGUCUGCUGAUGUUGUUUAAUCUACUCUGGUUGAGUCAUUGGAAAAAAGUGUGCGGCUGUCGCACUGAGCUCCACGUUAGGAAGAUGCGUUAGAUGGUGAAUAUUGUCACGCGUUUAAUCUCUGGCGUCACCAGUGCUGAAAAACUGAUGAGACGACAGACGGAAGUAUAACCUCAAUUAGACACUUAGACAAGGCCACGUUUUUAUAUUUCACGUCAAUAUCAAUCCAAAAUGAACUCCUCAACUGUGUGUUGUCAGUUGCCGGGAGAAAGAGUGAUCAUCCAAGACCAUAGAAGUGAAAAGCUAUUGAGCAGAAAUCUCUCUGCCUCAGAGUAUUCGCCUGUGGUUUGUAGCCCAGCGCCAAGUGAUGAAGGGAACAUUUUUAAAGGAGCGCGAGCGUCAUUCUUUGGCUGAUGAUCCUGGCAGAAUUACCUGCAGCAGCACAGAAAAUGAUUGAUCCCAACAAGGCCAGACAAGGAAAAGAAACAAACAAA